UUGAGACGCCGUGUCUCUCGCGUUCACCACCGGAAGUGCGUGGAUGUCGAGACCAGCAUGGCGGACGGGGAGAGGGCACUUUUUGCUUGGAUGCGGUGUACUCCCCUGUGGCCGCGCUGCUUGCUCGUGUUGUUUGUGUUCAUUUAUGUGGACGGUUGUGUCGCUGGAGAGGAGACUUUCAGUGCUGGGAAAAGCGUCGUGCAUUCUGCCGCUGCGUUCUCAAUAGCCACGGAUCGAAGAUACCUGCUGUACGAUGUGAAUCCCCCUGAAGGUUUUAAUCUACGGAGGGAUGUGUUCAUUCGUAUGGCUUCUUUAAUGAAGGCUCUCCUCAAGAAAGGGCCUUGGGUUCUUGUGUUGCCCCCCUGGGGACGCCUCUAUCACUGGCAGACUCCGGACAUCUACCAGGUCCGAAUUCCCUGGGGUGACUUCUUUGACUUGGACAGCCUUAAUAUGAACAUACCUGUUAUUGAGUAUGAGCAUUUUAUAGCAGAGUCUGGUGGCCCUUUCAUAGAACAGGUGUAUGUCCUACAGAAUUAUGCAGAAGGGUGGACAGAUGGAAAAUGGGAGGAGAAGGUUGAUGAGAGACCUUGCACAGAGCAACUCAUGUACUCGAAAGACAAGCAAGGAUAUUACCGAGGCUGGUUCUGGGGUUAUGAGGAGACAAGAGGCCUGAAUGUCACCUGCUUGUCAGCCCAGGGACACGCGUCAAUCAUGGUUCCCAUCCUGCUGAAAAACACAACUGCUCGAUCAGUGAUGCUGGAUAGAGCAGAAACGCUUCUUCACGAUCACUAUGGUGCAAAGGACUAUUGGGAUACCAGACGAAGCAUGGUGUUUGCAAAGCACCUCCUACUGGUAGGCGAUGAAUUCCGAUCCAGGUACCUUGAUUCUAAUGAUGUGGAUGACAAGACAGACUAUAAUGAAGACUGGACAAAACAAAAGGUACGCUCUGGUUAUGCAAAGGGUGGUCCUUAUCUAGCAGUUCAUCUUCGAAGAAAAGACUUUCUCUGGGGACACAGGGAAGAUGUUCCUAGUCUGCCAGCUGCUGUCAACAGCAUACGUGAUAUUAUGAAGAAACAUAAACUGGACAAAGUAUUUAUUGCCACAGAUGCUGAUGAUGAUGAACAAGAGAAAUUAAGUAAACUUCUUCCAGAAAUGAGAAGGUAUGAGCCAACUUGGGAAGAAAUGGAAUUAUACAAAGAUGGAGGAGUUGCGAUUAUUGAUCAGUGGAUCUGUGCUCAUGCAAGGUAUUUCAUAGGCACAUCUGUUUCAACGUUUUCCUUCAGAAUUCAUGAAGAACGUGAAAUAUUAGGAUUUGAUCCUAAAACAACUUAUAAUCGAUUCUGUGGUGAUAAUGAAAAAGACUGUGAGCAGCCAACCCACUGGAAAAUAGUUUACUGAUCAAAGAAAUACACAACUUUUUAACGGUGCUAUAAUUUUAUGAAGAGUAUUAAAAUGUAUUUUCAGUACCUACAUAUGCUGUUAUGCAGUGGUUAAAUGUUUGGAUGGUUUUGACAAAAAAUUAAACAGAAUGAUUGCAGUAUUUCACAAUACUCCUGAUGCCAAGGGUUAUCUUAUGAUGUCCCAUGAAGUAGAACAAACAUACACCUCAAGUAGACUGUUUAAAAGAUAAGCCAGCAUUCAGAAACAUAAGCAUAAGAGCCAUUUAACAUAUUUUUAAGUGAUUUAUAAAAACGAGUUUACAGACUCAGUCCUGGAAGUAGGCAUUGUCACUGCUAGUUUAUUUCUUUAAUUCUUAAAUGUAAUCAUGUUAUGUUUCUCAUUUUUCCCCCCGUACUUUACAAAAAAAUGUAAACACUAAAUAAAUGAAAAUACAUGAAUCUGAACCUGUUUAUUCUCACUUUCUUUAAAUAUACUGAAAGUGGUGCAGUAGGUAAACUCUUCUUUGCAGAUGUCAUGCUGAGUCUGAACCUUUAUUUAUCUCAGUAGAAAUGUGACCCAGUAAUUAAGGUAUCAAUGUUUAAAACACACUCUUGCCAGUUCAGUUUUUCACUUUUGUGUGCUUUAUAAACAUGAAUUAAUCAUUCACUUGCCUAUUUUCAGAAUAUAAAAAAAUGCCUAAAAGCUAUUGUGUUAUAACUUUACAUUUAUAACACUGAUUACUGCAGAAGCAGUUAGGUGGACCUGACUAAGGUAUUAAACCAGUUAAAUCAUUGCCAUUUACAUAUAAGUUUGUUUUAAUAAUAAAAAAGAUAACCCACUCACUGAUUUUUUUUCCAUUUGAUUUUUGAUUUGAGUCAGAGAGAUUAUAUGUAGAGUAAAAAUGACACCUGUUCUAAAAUGGAGGGGCAGUUUUUCACCCUGAUACUUGACAUAUUUAGGAAAUAAUGAAGGAAUCAUAGCUGUGUUGUUAAUUUAAAUGUAAUCUGCAUAUUCUCCCCAUGUCCAUGUGGGUUUUAUACAGCAGCGCCUCACAACAGUAAAAAAGGGUUAAGUAAAUAAAUGAAUAGACAAACACUGAGGAAGACAACAGAUAACUAGAAAAUGUAUUAUAAAUUGAGAUUUUCAUAGCAAUGCACCACUUAUUGUGAUGGACAGUUUAUAAUGGGACAAGGAGAUUAAAUGUCAAGACAGACACACACAGAUACUUUGCAAUCGAAUAAGAAUUUUAUAUAAAAACAAAAUGUUACCAAUGUACAAAAAAAGGUAGAGUAAUAUGGCUUUAGAGAGACACUGACAUUCUGGGACUAAUUUUGGAAGCAUUCUUAUAGUUUCAGUCAUACCGUUUUAUUAUUAAAUACAAUUCCGUACAGUGCCCAUAGCAGUGGUUCUUAAAGCGCGGUCUCAAGAGGAUUUAAGGAGAGAUCUGAAAAUGCUUUGGACUCCCACAUCAUUUGAAAACAGCCUUCAGUUGCUGUUUCCUAGUAUUUCUGUUGGGAAGCGCUUACGAUUAAGAAUGAUGCAUUAUCUGAGUUAAGCUGCUGUAAACGUUGUCAAGAGGAAGACUGAUGAGGACACACUGCCAGAUUGCACAUAAAAAGGGGUCUACAGUAGAAAACAAGUAGAUUUACUACCGGCAUGUAGUAUUUAAGAUGUCCAUUUCUUUUUUUGGAUAACUUCUUAUUUUGAUGCUUUGUUAGAACAGGGAUAUAUUAUUUUGAGCAACACAUUGAUGUAGAGUAUUUCUUAUUAUACAGUAGAUAUAAACUGCACAUUGUUUUUUUAUUGUUACAAAUGAUUUUAAACAUAUUCAUUUAAAAUAAUGUAAAGACAUCCAUGCUUUUUAAGUUUUUCAUGGUCUUACUAUAAAUAUCCUUUCACAACUUAGCAUCAAAAGGGUGCAUUUAACAAAAGAAUAAAAAACCAAAGAAGACUCGUUUUUGUGUGAAAAGAGAAACAAAACAGGUCUUACCUUUUUGCGUGUGAGUCAGUAAAUAUUUUGAUUGCAGCAUUUAUUUAUGUCUUGUUCAUUGUGCCAAGGCUCCUCAGUCCCUUGAAUCUGUUGCAGUUUUGAUGGUUUACUAAAACACUCAUUUACCUUUAUUUGGUGUACACAUUAAAAAUGCUAGACUUCUGUUCAAUCUGCAUUUAUAUAUCCACUGUUUUAUUAGUAGGUAUAAAUAAAUAUGCUAUUUAUUGUAUUCUUUUAUAUUGUGUCAUUAGCUUUUCAAUUUCUGUAAAAGUCUUUUUUAAUUAUAUUUUGUUUUUGCACCUAAACUGUCUCUUUAAGUUAAUUUAAAGAAUGACAAUUCAGAUGUUCACCAUGAGCUUGCUGCAUGACACCAGAUAGUCCGAGUUAAGUUUUAACCUGAAUUAUUUAAAAGUCUGUAGCUUUUUAAAAUAAUUACUGACUCGUCCUGGUUAGCCAGCAUUUUAAUACUUGCUAAAAAAAAUGAACCUUGCAAAAACAUACACACAAAAACAAUGUAGCAUAUUUGUGUUGACAGAUGAAGCUGUCAUUGUUUUCAGCACACAUUACGUAUGAUUCUAAUGAGCAGAACGUUUCCGUUCUCUGAAAUGUAUUGCGCAGAACACAACUCAAACGCUUGGCAAGACCUGUGAAGGGUUCUUGACUAACAAUCUAUGUGCUGAGGGAUUGUGAUCUACUAUUAAAAUAAGUGUAUUUUCUUAUAUGUAAAUAUUUAAAUAAACUGAUGUUUUGUAUUUUA